AUGGGCACCACUUUGUUGAUUCUCAUUUUUCAUUACCUCUUUACUUUGUGCUACCUUUCAGCUGGUGUGGCCAGUGGGGCGACUAGGGCUGCUUUGACACAACAUUUUGCUCUUCAGGAUAAUGCAGCAGAUAUAUCGGCCAAGGAAGGAAGCCAAGAGACACUUGCAACUAUGAUUGGAAUGGCUUUGGGAAUGCUUCUUGCGCGCUUCACCAUGGGACACCCCAUAGCCAUAUGGCUUUCUUUUUUGUCUCUGACUAUAUUCCAUAUGUAUGCAAAUUACAAUGCUGUUCGGUGUCUUUCUUUAACUACAUUGAACUGUGAAAGAAGCUCAAUACUCCUGCAGCAUUUUAUGAAGACCGGCCAAGAUAAUUCUGAAACGAUCUGUAUGGCUUGGCUGGCAGUUCUCUCUCCCAAGCAGGUCUCUGGCAUGGAGCAUGUCUUGCCAUUGUGGAUCACUUCAUGGAGCUCAAAGGCUACCAACUUUUUGCAUACACGGGUACGCAUAGGUGUGAGAGUUUCCUCACUUAACCACCAUGAAAUGCAUAGCUUCUUGCAGUGUGCUGGAUCUCAAUAUCUGAAAGCAAAGUACUUGCUGCUUGAGCAAAAAGGAAUCGUCAAUAUCGUUAUGCAUAAGGAUUCCACAGGCACUGAUAUCUUGCAGGCAUUUGUGCAUGCUCUUGUCAUGGUAAAUCUUGUUGAUAAGGACACAUCUGCAGAUAUAGAGAGCUUUUCAUGGAUGGAUAAACACUAUGAAAAUUUUGUUCUGAAGUGGAAAACCUUGUUCCACCAAGAGGGUGGUUGGGAGAUAACAUGCUGCAAUGAUGGAAAGCAGCUUGGGAAGCUACAGGAAGGUGGUGGCUGA